UAAGUAAAACCCAACAAUUUCUUUCUUCUUCUUUCUCUCUCUCACUCAAUUAUGACGAAAUCAAAACAUUUAUGCUCGUAGCCCAUUCAUCAAAAUCUUUCAUUUCGAUGGCUUCAACUUCCACCACUCUUUCUUUUUAUCCCUCUUCUUCUUCUCCCCUCAACUCCUCCCGUUCAAACCAUUCCGCGUCUUCUUCUUCGUGUUUCAUCAGUGGUGGGACCCACCUCAGGUCCCACAAGAGCUUUACUUUAACUGCUGCUGCUUCUUUUCCCUUCGGUGGUUCCAAGUUCAAUAAUGCGAGGGGCUAUUCGCUCCGUUUUCGCCCAUUUGUGGUGGCUGCUUCUGGUGAUUACUAUGCUACUCUUGGGGUCCCCAAGUCUGCUAGUAGCAGAGAAAUUAAAGCGGCUUAUCGGAAAUUAGCUCGUCAGUAUCACCCUGAUGUCAACAAGGAACCUGGAGCUACAGAGAAAUUUAAAGAGAUUAGUUCUGCCUAUGAGGUGCUAUCAGAUGAUAAAAAGAGGGCUAUGUAUGAUCAAUAUGGUGAAGCUGGAGUAAAAAGUACUGUAGGUGGAGCAUCAAGUGCUUAUACGACCAACCCUUUUGAUCUAUUUGAGACAUUCUUUGGGCCAAGUAUGGGUGGUUUUCCUGGGAUGGACCAAACUGGAUUCAGAACACGCCAACGUCGUACUGUUACCAAGGGUGAAGAUAUAAGAUACGACAUUACACUAAAAUUCUCUGAGUCUAUAUUUGGAACUGAAAAAGAAUUUGAGCUUUCUCACUUGGAAACAUGUGAAGUUUGUACUGGUACUGGUGCAAAGAUUGGUUCCAAGAUGAGGAUAUGUUCAACUUGUGGUGGUAGGGGUCAAGUUAUGAGAACUGAGCAAACACCAUUUGGCUUAUUUUCUCAGGUUUCCGUGUGUCCAAAUUGUGGUGGGGAUGGUGAAGUCAUUUCUGAAUACUGUCGGAAAUGCUCUGGUGAAGGGCGCAUACGUAUAAAGAAGAAUAUUAAAGUCAAAGUCCCCCCAGGAGUUAGCACAGGUAGCAUUCUCAGGGUUGCCGGGGAGGGUAAUGCCGGACCGAAGGGGGGCCCUCCAGGAGAUCUUUAUGUAUAUCUUGAUGUUGAAGAGAUUCCGGGAAUCCAAAGAGAUGGUAUAGAUCUUUGCUCAACAAUAUCCGUCAGUUAUAUCGAUGCCAUACUGGGAACUGUUGCUAAGGUGAAGACAGUUGAAGGGAAUACAGAUCUACAGAUUCCAGCGGGCACUCAACCUGGGGACGUGCUAGUCCUGGCAAAGAGAGGCGCACCUAAGCUGAACAAACCUUCUAUCCGUGGUGACCACUUAUUUACGGUUAAAGUUACUAUACCAAAUCGUAUAAGUGCCAAAGAGCGCAAGUUGCUUGAAGAACUUUCUGAUCUAAGUAAAACCACCAGCAACUGGUCACGAAUUCGGCCCAAAACUCAGCCAGCCAGUGUCAAAACUUCAGAAGAAAGUCAACCAAGUACUGCUACAGAGAAAAAUGAAGAAUCAGAAGAACCAAAUGACCUAUGGAAGAGUUUAAAAAAUUUGGCAGGUUCUAUUGCAGAUGGAGCUAUGAAGUGGCUUAAAGACAACCUCUAGCCUGUUUUCCACUAGGUGAAGUAUACGCUUAAUGGUACAUGGCUUCUUGAGCUAUUUUUGACAUGGAAUUCUUUCCCCAGAUGCAGUGCAAUCAUCUGCUGAGACUGCUUUAGCUGAAAUAUAUCAGCAUUGUGUUGAGAAAUGAUGUCACUCAGUAUUGGAUAUUCUUUUAUUUACCCUCUUCUUUGUAAAGUUUAGUAUUUGAAAUAUUAAAUAAAGAUGAUUGUUUAUCCA